AUGGCCUUCGAAGACGCGCCAAGCGUAAACGCAGAUAUUUUCGAGAAUCAAUACCUGGAUGAAGAGGAUAGCGAGGAAUCAACCAGCGAAUCAGAAAGCGACGUCGAUGGCGAUCCUGGCUUGAGAAUAGAAUCAGAUUCAUCAGGAUCAGAGUACAAUCAAGAAGGCGCCGAAAAUAGUGAAAGCGAAGAGGAAGAAAACACAUCAAAGCAACCUUCAUCAAUAAAUGUCGCUGACGCCGCUGAUGAGCCAGAAGGAGAGGAUUUCGAUAAGCUCGUAAAUGCUCUUAAAUAUACCGAGAAUGUUUCCACUGGUAGCUCUGCAACUCAACAGUGGGAAAAGUCUAUCGAGGAAGAGAUGAUGGACUUUUCAGAUAUCCGCGAUGAGCUUAGAGGCGCGUCUGGUGUUGGAAGGCGCAGAAAAAAACUUAGAGACCGCAGUCAAGUUCUACCACCUGAAAUUCGCGAUCUGAUCGGUCAGGCUAACAUGCAUUAUGUCUUGGAAGAGUUCCCAGACGCUUUAAAGAAAAUCGAACAAGUCCUUGUGGAGUGCCCGGAAGCCAAAUCAGCCUGGGUUCUAGCUGCAUCUAUCAAAUCAGAUAUGAAAGAUGACGACAGCGCGCUACGUUUGAGGGUCAUCGCUGCGUUGAUUCCACCAUGCGAUGGUGAGGUCUGGAAGGAGCUGGCAGCAGAUUCUAGAGCACAAGGUGCAAUUCAACAAGCUGUUUACUGCCUAACACAGGCUGUAAGGCACAAUAAAUAUGACUUUGACGCAAUUUGGGAUAGAUCUGUUCUCUACAGGCAGCUUGGAAUUUAUCACCAAGCAAGCAAUGGCUUUAAGAAUAUUCUCAAAUUCUUCACCUUUGAUCCAAAUGUUCUGAUGGAAUUGGCUCCGAUGUUGUUGGAACUUGGUAAUUACAAGGAGACUAAUAAGUUGCUAUCCGGAGCUUGGAAAUAUUAUCAAGAUAACUUCCCCGACCCUGAGCCAGGAGAGACAGGCUUGAAUAUCAAUCACUUCAAGUACUUAGUAUCCGCCAAGCUCAUGUUGAAAGAAUACGACGAGGCUAUCGACGUUAUCAAGCACUCGACAAGGUGGCUUCAAGGUCGCUCGCAAGAUAGCUUCUGGGAUCUUCUUUCCGAUGACAGGGAGUACGAUGAGCAGAGGUUUGAACGCACUGGUGAUCAUCGUAUUGAAUUUGGAAUGGGCGUUUUCGAGCUCGACAGCGAUAUGCGUGUUUCUCUCGGUCAAGCUAGAUUAGAGAAAGGACAAAAAGAAGAAGCAAAGCAUCAUUUUGAUUAUAUACUCAAACUUGAUUUGGAGUCCAAUGUUGCACUAUACGGUGAAAUUGGGAAUUCAUACAUUAAGCACGAAAUGUAUGCAGAUGCACUGGAGAUUUUUAAGAUAAUGGAAGAUAAUGAGAGUACAUGUAGUGCACCUGUAUACAGAAAUUUGGCAAUAUGUCAUAAAGCACUGGACAAUCUUGACUUGGCUGAGCAGAUCUUUGAACAUGUCUGUACACUCGAACCAGAUAAUAUGGAUGUCACGAUGCAGCUUGCAGAAACUUAUGAAGCAUUGGGGAAGAGAGAAAAGGCUCUAGCAACCAUUUCGAAAGUUUUAUACAGAAGCAAAGAGAAGUCCAAGUCAAGCACCUCUCGAAGAAGUCAAGCUGCUGAAGAAAUGGGUACACCAAACAACAAAGCAUCCCUUUUGAUGGAAAAUUAUUUUAAACGGACGCCAACGUUAAAGAAGCUUGACGGAGAAGACCGUAGGACGAUGAAAGAGAUGGCAGUGAGAGUAGAGGAAGAGCGUGAGAAGGAGAUGAGAAAUAAUUGGGACAAAAUGGAUGAGCUCAACGAAAAGUUUGACCUACACAAUCGCGAUAUUGUUGAGAGUUGGCUUGAUGCAGCCAGAGAGGUUUUGGAUGCGUACAGACAGACUAUGCAGCUAUUCCCUAAGAACAAGUCACAAAAAUUCAGAGGUGUGAUUGCUCCAGAGAAGAUAUCAGGAAGUGGUCGUAAACCAAAGGAGGUGAAUGCUCAAAGACAGCUUGAUGAGCAUGCACGAGCGUUUGCGACAAGACUAGAGAGGGCGCUUGUAGAUCAACAACACGUCCCAACUGUUCAGGAAAAUGACGUUCAGCAUUUCCGUCAUAUACACUUUGACGAUUGGGUAAAUCUAACGCUCAAGUUUGCUUUGAUUAGCACGAAAUACUCCAACUACAAAGAGGCGAGUGAGGUACUCAAGCAUAUGAGUGCAUCAAAUGCGCUUCAAGUGGCUGAACGCCAAAACGCGCUCAAGUUUUGCAGGUUGGCUUGUGCGUCGAUGGCUAAUGAUGUGGAGACGGUAAUAGACGUGUCAAGACAAAUAAUUUUCGAUGAGCAGUUUACAAUGGAGGGUCUCAGAAUACUGAGUUGCUAUCUCGGCAGAAAUGCUCAUGGUUUGAAUGGAUUUACCGAUGUGAAUUUACAGAAGUUCUUACUCAGAGAGGUGAAAAUGUAUGAUGUUAUGGCAACGGGUACAGGCUUCAAAAUUAGCAACAAGAAACACAGGCUAGCCAAUGCAACUGAACCUGGUGACGUUGAUGCUGAGGCGAAUGAAGCUCGUCAGCGCCGCCAAGAGUGGGAUUUACCGUUACCAACAGAACAGAAUCCUUACUAUUUAGCAUUCUAUGGACAGGUUAUGUUAGCUGCAAAGUCGGCGCAGACAAGUAUUUACUAUCUUCUGCGGGCCUACGAAAUGGAACCGAAUGAUUACGUUAUUUGCUUAUCGCUCACAUGCGCGUACCUGUACAGAGCAUUCCAGAGACAGGCAGAUAACCGACACCACCUGAUAGCACAAGCGGCAGCGUUUCUCAGCAGAUACAGGCAAUUGAGAUUAGCAUGUGAUGAGGCGGACUUUGACGAAGUGGAGUUUAACUACGGGAGAUUCUUUCAUCAGUUGGGAUUGCUGGGAAUAGCAACCAAGCAUUACGAGAUUGUGCUGAAGAAGGACAAGUCACAGGCCAAUGAAGACAGUUACUGA